UUGUGUAACAAAUGUUGAUGAUUUUAAUUUUGUCAGUGAUUGUUGCUAGUUCUCUGGCACAAUCACCAAUUUUUAAAUAUCCUCAUUUUACUCCAAUGGCAAAUUUUGAAGUAGCAAAGAUUGUUGGAAAUUGGAGUCAAGUAGCAAAAACUCCAAAUAAAUUUGAUGAAGAUGAAAAAUGUACAAACGCGGAAUUAAUAUUAGAAAAUUUAGGAGUGAUUAAUGUGGGAAUUUCUUCAAUAAGUACCAAAAAUGGACACGCUCGUAAUAUAAAGGGUGCAGGAACUCCAGAUUCGCACAAAGCAUCAUCAGUAUUUAAUUUCCGUUAUAACAUAUCUUUUCUUUCAAAGUCUCCUGGUGAAUUAAUUGUUUUAGAUACAGACUAUAAAAAUUAUUUAGUACUGAUGGGAAUAAUACCAAUUGCCAAAAUUGGAAGUUUUCGCAGUUGGUUCCAAGUUGCAUGGAUAUAUUCAAAAAAAUCAGAAAUGUCACCUGAACAUUAUGCACGUGCUCUAGAAGUAUUACACAAAAAUCAUAUUCCAACUCAUAAAAUUGAGCGAGCACCAAAAUGUUAA